ACGGCGCAAGGGCGGUUAGGACGGAGCCUCCAAGACUUGCCUGCUGCUGUGCCCUGGCCCUGCUGUAUCACUCGUCCCGUUCGGGCCGCUCGUCAGUUGACACUCGCUGCCGCGGCGCCGUUUGUUGUCGAUGUUGUUGUUGGUGUUGUUGUUGGCCUCAACGGAUUGACGUCGUGGACGUGCUUCGCUCCGUGUGUUCCUGGCAAAGCACUCCCCGUCUCUCUCUUGUCUGAGGAGCGUGUGUUGAAGAUCGACAGUGUAGUGCGUCGUGAGAAGCCCAGUGCGUGAUUCGCAAGCAUAUCAAUUAAUAGCAAUAGUGUUGUCCGCGAAGUGAUCUUGCUGGACACUUGCCGAGGACGACAACGCGGUCUGCACCGUGCGUCUCCCGGCUUCACCACGUCGAAAAGAAACCGGCACCUUUGCGCCGACGGAGGUGGUCUAGAGCGUGAGCUUGCCCACCCUCAGACGCCCUCGUCCGCCGCCGCCCUCGCCGCCCUCGCCGCCCCCGCGUACAAGCGACCCCGACUCGACGUCGUCGUCGCCGAAGCCACCGUCGCGACGCAGCACCAGCAGCACCAGGUCGACGCCGUCGAGAGGAUGAACAGCCUGGCGUCCAGCAUGGAGGCCCCCAGCGUCCUCAGCCAGAGCAUGGACUCCGUCAACACCGUCCCCGGCGAGGAAGAGGUUUGUGGCAAGUCAGUGGGCAUGGAGACCGAUCUGGGAGCGGCCGCGGCCGACAGCCCCGUUCGGACACUCUUCGUCAGCGGCCUGCCCAUGGACGCCAAGCCGCGAGAGCUGUACCUGCUUUUCAGAGCUUACGAGGGAUACGAGGGUUCCUUACUAAAAGUUACCACUAAAAAUGGAAAGACAGCUUCGCCCGUGGGCUUCGUGACGUUCCACACGAGGGCGGGGGCCGAGGCCGCGAAACAGGAUCUUCAGCAGGGUGUUCGGUUCGACCCGGACUUGCCUCAAACGAUUCGCCUCGAGUUUGCCAAGAGCAACACCAAAGUUAGCAAGCCAAAGCAACCCAGCGCGUCGGUCGCGCCCGCUCACCAGACCCUCAUGCACCCACUCACCCAACACUUGUCGCCGUUCUACCCGGGUGCGCCGGAACUGUGGCAGCAUCCGAUAGCCUUCUCGACCGCGGCGGAGCUGCCCGGGCCCGCGCUCCACCACCUGGUGCAUCCCGCGCUGCACCCGCAGCUGCCCGACAUGAACGGCGUGUGUGGGCAACAGGCCGACGCGUGGCGCGUGUUCGGGCCCCAGGGCCACGGCCACGGCCACGGCCAGGGCAUGCCACACUUCCUACCGUCCCCGGCGCUGGCCUCGCCCGCGGGGUCCUCCUGCUCGCCCAGCGGACAGCACGGCGGCCACGGCGGCCACGGCCCCCACCCCCCGCAGGGCGCCCUGGCGCCCCAGCAGGGCCAGGGCCCGCCCUGCUCGGCGCUCUUCGUCACCGGCCUCGGCCAGUUCGUGUCCGAGCACGAGCUUAAGGACAUCUUCAGCAGAGACCCUAAUCUGCGGAAAAUGGACAACCUUAAUAGCUACUUGCAGCUCAGCACAUGAACUGGAAGAGGCUGCCGACGAGUGUUAGAGUAGUGUACUCAGUGGGCUUGGCUGAGCCUAGCUGUUGAAGGCCUCAAUAUUUCUUUACAUUCCAUUGAUACCUUUUAAAAAAAAUAACACAAAAAUUGAUGUAAACCAAAGGUGCCCCAAAUUGUACUCUUAAAAAAAUAUGAAGUUUUGUUUGCAGGAACAAGUGAAAAUGGCUAAAACGUUUGAUCAAUUAUCCGUUGUCGGCAUAUGAUUUUCUUUUUUAAAGUCGCAUGAUUUCAUGCUGUCUAUCGGAGGGCUGCUGAAAAUGCAUUUUAAGAAGCAUUUAUGUAUGAUCUUGAUAAGCAAGACUUUAUUUUUAUUUCCCUAUUCUCAAGAAAAAGCAAGCUUAUGUUUCUUUUUCUACCUAUGAAUGCGUUUUAGAAUUAUGUUUUGCUAUAAUGCAGUCAUAUGUUUUAUAUUUUGCUGACUUUCAUUAUCUGGUGAUUGCAUUUAGUGUUAUAUGAGGCAGAGGUGAAUCACAUGAAUUUUAGCCUUACAAUAGGUUAAGAAAGGCUUUUUUGAAGUGUUAAUCAUUGUAGUAACACAAACUAAUUUAUUUGUUGAUUUAUUCGUGUUUGACUUUUAUGUAGGUUUGUUCAGUGAUGGAUAGCAAUAAACCAAAAUAACUUGAGGGUGGGGUGAAUAGGAGAGUCCGUUGCUGGCACCUAAUUUACCUCCUUGUACCAAAGCAAUGCCAUGGUGACUUCUUCACCUACCCCAAGGCAACAGUACUCAUUGUCAUAGGAGCAGAAUAACUGCUUGUCUUGUAGUGUGUGAUUGACAGAUUUUGUAAUAUUUCUACUGUGCCGUUCAUGAGAAUUUAAAACAUUCAGUGUUAGCUGCUUACAUUGUUAUGAGCCUCUCUUGUAGUUUAUUUUAGCAGUAUUUCUGCCAGAGAUCUCAGUGAAGAAGUGUUAUGCAGGGCAAUUCCAAACUCAGUGUUUUGUUGAUAUGACCUCCUCAAUUGUGAGUUAAUUUAUCAUACUGGGGUGGAAGGUUGAACAAAAUGUAUUUCAGUCCAUUUUCUCAAUAUGGCCCGAACGGUACUGUAAGUAGACUGACCAUUGCUUGUUAAUAUUGGACAAUCGCAAAUUGGAGCCAUUUGAGACACUGUGGUUCCUGCAGUAAAUCCUGCUAGUUUCCUUCCUCUGCCAAGUUCAGCAGUGCAAAAGUCUUAGUCAAUAACUUCUUGUUAUUUCAUAGAACCAUGACAGAACAAAUACUUGAUCUAGAAAAUGGAAGCAGAGCAAAAGAUCUUUGCCGCUAUCAACAAGAUGGUUACCACUAGCACUUGCACUGCAGAACCUCAGUGCCUCCAUCUCCUACAUCAUUUGACAGGCAUAACUUUUUAUGUAGAAUUAUAUAUUAUAUGCUCUGUGUUGAUUUCUGUUUGAAACAAAUGUAGUAGAAUCUUUUAUGAGAGUAAUAUUUAUUGAUCUAGUAGUCGCUUUGUGUGUGCAAGGUUGAUGUGAUAUUUCAUAGAAUUAUGAUAAAUUGUGUGGACUGAACACAUGCAGCUGUACUAGCAAAAAUAUAGGUGUAUCUAGCAUGGUUGAAGGAACUCCUUUGAAUUCAUGAAUGCUGUUUCUCGCAGAAACUAGGCAAUCAUGAAACAAAGAAAAUAAUAAAAUCUGUAAUCUUUUGCAUGAAAUAGAACACCUUGCUAGUACCAGUGAAAUUGUGUCAGCCCUUUCUGUUUGCGUACUGAGUGACAGAUUGUGUUAGAUUUGCUGAAUCUCAGCUAAAUAUCAUUAGACCUUUGAAGGUACUGGAGAUCUAACACAUGAUGUUUACACAAGUAUGUGAGAGUUUCCGUCCAUUUUUUUUGUCUUUAAAAUAAGAAAGACGUUAUGCAGCUCAAAGCUACAGGGGCGAUCCUUGUUGUGGGGCACACUGGGGAUUGCAGAAAACACACAUAUCAGCUUAAAUUAAGAAAAAUUAGGUAAAUUUGAAUUAUGAGAUCCGAACCUAUUUGUUGUUUCUGUCAACAUGACUUGUUUAGCAAUGCUAAUUGUAUUAUGAAAAUAUUAUCUAUUGCUAUUUAUAAUGUAUUAAGAGGAUCAAUUACAAGGGCUCCUAUUUCUGUUUAGUUGUACACAGAGACAUGCAAACAGUGAGAUAAUCAGUGCUCAUUGUGUACCUGUGUAUAUCAUCUUAAAACCUGUGUAAGAGAUGCUUGUUAUGUUUUUGAGCAUUGCAAAGAUAAACCAAAGUUGUACAUAGCUUUUAAAGACGCAUGAUAAGUAGACUACUUGGGUAGAUUUGCCCACUAAGAUUAUUCACGAUUCUAAUUUCUCCAUUUUCAUUACUAGUGGCUCUCUUUUUGAAGUUUGCAUUUUUAAAAUGUGCUUGACUCUUGGCGAUCUUGAACUUUUGUCAUAUUCUAAAUUUGGCAGCUUUUGCGGGCCCUUCAAGUCCCUCUCUACAAACCAAAGAGAAAUAUUGUGUACUUUCUUCUUCGCUGAAGUAGUUUAGAAAUGCAGCCAGUACUCAGGAGGCAUUGUGAUAACUUGUCUAGCAUGCAAAUACUUAAAAUGUCUUUGUGUUGAUAACCAGACAAACCUUACCAAAAUUGAGAUUUAAACAUGCUUGCCUCUCCUUGCAGACAGGCUCGUCACACCCUCUCUUGACCAUACCAUUUGAAAUUGCAAGUCCAAAUCCUACUGUCCAAAGCUGACUGGACUGAGGUCCCUUUCCCUUUUUGUACACAUUUCUUACUGUUCUCCUGGAAGGCUAAGCUUUUCCCUUCAUGUCUCUGUGUGCACCACCUUCUUUCCCUUCCUUCUCAAUGCAAAUUAUGGGGCUCAAAUAUGUAGGCUAAAGUGUUGAUUAUUUUUAAUAUUCCAAUAAACUUGUGGAAUUGAUCCUUUUUUAAUUUUUUUGUUUUUGAUUUGUUAUGUACAAUUACAUUGUUAUUUCAAAUUUAUGAAAUGCAAAAAGAAAAAUUACAAAAAAUCUUUUAUGUACUUUAUGAGUAGAGGGAAACUAUGCUUCAUAUCUGUUUUACUGGCUAUGUAAUAAACCUGUUAGUCAUUCAUAGAUUCUGAUCAGACGAAGGUCCAGUAAUUUUGUUUUGAAUUAUUAGCCAGAUCAAACUGUUACUUUUUAAUUGUUAUCUUCUGUGAUUGAGCAGAGUGACAACUGUGGAAGUUUGAGUCAAUUCAAACAGGCAACUAGCAAUAAUAAAAUCUACUGCACUUUCCAUGUGAAAUGCUCUAUUUUGAAUCCAUGUGGAGUUCUGACUGAACCUGUGCACCAAGGAAGUCAGAUUAAUUAGAUUCAACCAAUUUUACAUUCAAAAGUAAUUGAAUGCUCUAUUUUACUAUUAAUAUUUGAACCAUUCUAUUAAGAUUAGUGAACAGCUAAGGUUAAUUAUCUGUUGUGUGAUUAGCAGAUGAUGUGAGGAAAGUCGAUCUCAAAUGUUUGUUGACUAUUUAGUUUGAGCCCCAUAAUGCAAAUUUCCUCAAUGUUAUUUCUAAGUAAACUUUUUUUUAUCUCUUAUACGGAGCUAUGUGAUAUAAUCUAACUAUAACCACUCACGCCUUCUGAUGAGCCAGCUUUAGGUACUAGAACAUAAAACACCAGUUUCUAAACAUAUCAUGAUCUGUGCCCCCUAUUGAUGAGACAUCAUAAAAUUUUAGAAAUGUUAAAUAAAGUGAAGUUUGAUAUAUAUUAUGACAUGAGAAUUUACAAAACAAAUCUUUUUCAAAUGUUUAAGGGUUUUGUGUAUUUCUAUCAAUGAGUACUUAUUACUUUUACUCUUUAAUAUAAAUGUAUGAUUUUUAAGUUUGUUACUAAAAGAGUUGACAUAUCAUUGUUCAACAGUGUAACAUGUGCAUGUCCAAAUUGUGUGUCUGGUUUUAGUGCUUAUGCCACACACACACACAUGUUGUGUGCUCAACAUGCAACUUAAAAUUAUGAAUCACCAAGUCAAUUUAUGCAUGUCAGUUUUGAACCUAGCCAACUUCUUGAGGGGCUAGCAACUAUCAUGCCUAUGUCCAUUACCGAUUUACAUGACCAGCCCUGUGAGUGUGUAUGUGUGUGUGUGCAUUUCAGAGUGAAUGUGAGUGAAAACUGCAAUAUUGUUAUCAAAACCAAAUAGAUGAGCUUUGUUGGAUCAUCAUUGAUUCCUGUUUUGUAGAUUUAACUUGGCAGGAAGACUUUCUUCCUCUUCUCUACAGUUGUAGUUUGUGUGGCGUUACUAUUGUAGGACUAAAAAGGGAAUUACAUUUUUGUAAUUAUAAGGUUCAAAUCAAGAAUAUUAAGAAACUGGAGGGUUGGUGUGCAAUGGAACGGAUGUGGAAACAUUCAUAGACAAUCUCCCUGGUUGAUUUGACAAUUGGAAAAUAUUUGCUUAAUUUAAGGAUUGUUAACUAUACUAUUCCAAAGAUGAGCUAGAUUUCCACCAAAAUGGAAAGUUACCUGUGUGAUAAGUCUGUAAAAACAGAAUUUGCCUUCAAUAACCAUAUCACUAAUUGUUAACUUUACAAUUGACAGAUCACCACAUGUUGUCUAUGAGGUUUGGAAGACUUAGACAAUUACUAUUUUUUUUCCUCUCUCGACUACUCUUUAUGUAUUUGCGGUGCCGCCUGGUUCAGUCCAUGCAUGUGAGAGUCAUGUAUCAUAACACCCAAAAAUUUUGUUAAGCACUUAAAAAAAAAUCAGAGUUUCGAGAUCAGCUAAAUGUUCCAGGUACAAUCUUAGUUGAGGAAAAUUGUAAUUUUGCCUGACACAAAUCUCUCUGUACUUGUUCUCUUACUGUCAUCUCAAGUAUGAACAAUCCUCUUUAUUGAGGAAAACUAGUGUGGCCCAUGAUUUUUCUAUCUCUACUUACCUAGAGUAAUGACUGAGUUGACUUGAGCGGGAUUCCAUAAAGAAGUGUUCUGUUAUCUUUUCAUGGAGGAUAAUUUAAGUGGUUUUCUAAAGCAUAGAUAUAUUAAUAUAUUUUCAUUAUUUUAGAAGUAAAAAUUUGUCAGUUAUUUUUAUUAAAAACAAUAUGUGGCCCCAUAUUGUUAGUUUUUCUUUGUUAACAUUUAUAGUCGUGAGAGAGAAGUCAUAGUGUAUGUAUUAAGUCUGUAUGGCAUACUGAAUUAAACCAAUCCAAGACAGAUGCUGAUUCCCAUAUUGCUGUUUUAGCUUUGACAGGGCGCAAUGUGAAAUAUGCUUUCAUUGACAUCCUUGCGAACUUUCUUCAUUAAUGUAAAUUUCUAAUAUAAUCUCAAUUUUCCUCCAAAGUUUCCUUUGUAUUCCUCCAAGUUCACCUGUUAAUUUUCACACAGUUGUUUCCAUGCGCCCUGCAUGUAUAAAGAAAAUAUCAUCUCCAACUUGUUAACAUUUAUUAUGGUUAUCAGUUGUUACCAUGACUCUACCAAAAUACUUGGUUAUGAUCUAGUUGUAAAGUAGAACUUUUCUGAAUAACAGCAGCAAAUGGUUUCAUGAGGAAGUUGUGUAUCACAAGCGCAGUCAGAGUCAUGAGCUAGUCACCACGUUAUGGCAUGUGACCACCACCAUCCUCUCAACGUGAUAAAAUAUAAUAAAGAAUCUACUGUUUCCUCAUCAAUUCAAUUUUUUUGAUUUUGUGUGGUUAACUGUGGCCCAGAGAAGAAUGUAACUGGCAAAUCUGAUUUGAAUUUUCAUUGCAGAUCAGAUCUCUGUAUAGGGUCCAAAGAAGGAAUAAACUGUCUGUGUAAAGUAUA